CUCACUCAUAUCACAUGACUCAAAUAAUACGUCGUACUACGUGCCUUUUAAAAAUACUCCUUAUGUUAUUCUUUUUUUUUUUUCAAUUAAUUCCACAGCAAAAAAGGAUUAAUUCUAGGUUUUGGUUUGGUACUAACCCGAUUCGGAUUUUCCGUCCAUCGAUCCAGGGAUUAAUUUGGUUUGGAACUAAUUCUAGUUCGUCCCGGACUCGAUCAUCUGAUCCACCUACAUAAGCACACAGACCCGUCUCGGAUUUGAUAUCACCCUUUCGUUUACCCUAGAGAGUUGAGACAGGCGAAGCAGAGAAUAAUGCGGCGGCGGCGGCAGAUUGUGAAGGCAAUUCUUUUGUUACUGAUAGCAUGCCUCCUGGCAACGUAUGUAGUCGCUCAGUUGGGCGGAGAAGAAGAAGAAGGACCGCUUGGCGGAGGAAGUAGCGAAGACGAAGAAGAACCGCUCGGCGGAGGAAGCAGCGAAGACGAGGAAGAACCGUUUGGCGGAGGAAGUAGCCGUGGUGGCAAUACGAACGCAGGCGGCGGAGCCAAUAUGGCGCAGCCGUAUCUCUGGUCCCGUGGGAAUCCUUUGAGUAAUCCAUCCACUGUGUUCGGGUGGCCACAAGCGGUUCCCGCUUUUUUGGCAUACUUUUUAGUUAUUCAAUUUCGCAUUUGAAUCGUGAUUGAUGCCUUGAUGGUCAUCAACUUACAUAAACAAGUACUCCGGGUAUUGUAUAUUUGAUCAUAUUCAAUUUCUAGAUCUAGUCAAGUAACUAUCCAGCUUUAUUUACGUUUCUUUAUACUUUUACUUUGUUUUUUGUUUGGAUAGUGUUAGUGAGUUUUUAUGUGCUU